AAUUUCCCAGCGAUAACUAAGUCGAAGGCGGUGACAGAGCAAACAUCUCACAACCACAACUGCAUAAUGAAGGUCGGAAAGCCAAAAUCGAAGCGCGUUCCCGUGCGCCUGCGCCACAAGAUUGAAAAGGCUUCGGCGAACAAGCAGCGCAAGCAGAAGAAGCUUGCCAAGCAGAACCCGGAAUGGCGCUCGCGAGUCAAGAAGGACCCUGGCAUUCCUAAUCUAUUCCCCUACAAGGACAAGCUUUUGGCCGAGAUCGAGGAGAAGAAGAGGCUGAGGGAGGAAGAGAAUGAAAAGAAGCGGGCCGAGGCGCGGGAGCGCAAACAAGAGAAGAAGGCCAAGGGUGAGACUGUAGAGGAUGAAGAAGAGAUGGAGGAUGAGGAUGCAGAGGAUAUGCUCAACUACGCCUCAGACGACGAUGUUAUGGACGAGGACAACUCCAACCCCAUGGCCGCCCUUCUCGCCUCUGCGAGGGCCCGCGCAGCAGAGUACGAAGAGGACCACGAAGACGAAGAAAUGGACGAGGACGAAGAGGGGUGGAAUGGAAUGGGCGACGACGAUGGAGGCAUGGGAUCCUCCGCAGUGCGCAAGGACACAUCAAGAAAAGCCUUCGACAAAGUCUUCAAACAGGUCGUGGAGCAAUCGGACGUCAUCCUUUACGUUUUGGAUGCGCGCGACCCCGAGGGCACAAGAUCAAAGGAGGUGGAGCGUUCAGUCAUGGCGGCCGAGGGAGGCAACAAGCGCCUCAUCUUGAUCUUGAACAAGAUCGACCUGAUCCCGCCCCCGAUUCUCAAGGGUUGGCUUACGCACCUCCGCCGCUACUUCCCUACGCUUCCCCUUCGCGCUUCUAACCCGGCGCCGAACGCAAAGACUUUUGACCACAAGCAGCUCACCGUCAAGGGAACUUCCGAGGCGCUUUUCAAGGCGCUGAAGUCUUAUGCGCAGUCUAAGCAAUUGAAGAGGUCUGUUUCUGUUGGUGUCAUCGGCUAUCCCAACGUGGGCAAGUCUUCUGUCAUCAACGCCUUGACUUCGAGGUUGGGUGGCAGGGGCUCAGCUUGCCCUACCGGUGCCGAGGCUGGCGUCACCACCAACUUGCGUGAAGUCAAGCUCGACAACAAACUCAAGCUUGUCGAUUCCCCCGGUAUCGUCUUCCCCAGCACGGCCGACAAGGCUCAGAAGGCCGAGGAGCAAGCCCGCCUUAUCUUGCUCAACGCCGUGCCUCCCAAGGAAAUCGACGACCCUGUGCCGGCCGUCACUCUUCUGUUGAAGAGGCUGUCGGCUUCCGAAGACAUGUUCAACAAGCUGCUUCAAGUCUACCAGGUCCCGGCGCUCAUGGGCAUGAACGGCGACCUCACGACCGACUUCCUUGUCCAAGUUGCAAGGAAGCGUGGUCGUCUGGGCAAGGGUGGUGUGCCCAACUUGCAUAGCGCCGCGCAGACGGUCAUCACGGACUGGAGGGAUGGCAGGAUCCAGGGCUGGAUGGAUGCUCCUGUGCUGCAGGUCGCUACUGCCCCCGCUCCCGGCGCUCCGCAGGAUGCUGCGGCGCCAGUUGGCGAUCAGAAGGAGAUUGUCAAGGAGUGGGCGGCCGAGUUUAAGCUGGAUGGUCUGUGGGGCGAUAAUGAGAAUACCCAAGGCGAGGAGGCUAUGGAGGGCUAGAUAGAAGCAAAAACAAAGGGCAUGUUGGGGUGUUUGGCGCAAUGGAGGGAUUGUCAUGUCUACGGGUAGGGAGCACUUUGACUAGCUAGGUAGUUCUGGGCGGCCAAUGGGCGCCUGGUUGAUGCAAUUCGACAGCUUCUGACGG